AACAGCGGAAAAAUGGAGAAGAAACUUUACCAGUGCGAUGUCUGCGAUAAGUCAUUCUCUGUAAGUGGAAGUUUUAUAGCACAUAAGCGGACGCACACUAAAGAAAAACCGUACACUUGCGGUGUAUGCGAAAAGUCGUUCUCUGAAACUGGCCAAUUGACAAAACACAAGCGGGCGCACACUGGAGAAAAACCGUUCACUUGCAGUAUAUGCGACAAAUCGUUCUCUGUGAGUGGAAAUUUGAUAGCACAUAUGCGGACGCACACUGGAGAAAAACCGUACGCGUGCGAUGUAUGCGAAAAGUCGUUCUCUGAAAGUGGCAUUUUGACGAGACACAAGCGGACGCACACUGGAGAAAAACCGUUCGCAUGCAAUGUAUGCGACAAAUCGUUCUCUGUAAGUGGAAAUUUGAUAGCACAUAAGCGGACGCACACUGGAGAAAAACCGUACGCGUGCGAUGUAUGCAAAAAAUCGUUCUCUGAAAGUGGCCAUUUGACGACACACAAGCGGACGCACACUGGAGAAAAACCGUUCAAGUGUGAUGUAUGCGAAAAGUCGUUCUCUCAAAGUAGCCAUUUGACGAAACACAAGCGGACGCACACUGGAGAAAAACCAUUCGCGUGUGAUGUAUGCGAAAAGUCGUUCUCUCAAAGUAGCCAUUUGACGAAACACAAGCGGACGCACACUGGAGAAAAACCGUACGCGUGCGAUGUAUGCGAAAAGUCAUUUUCUGAAGGUGGCAGUUUGACGAAACAUCGACGCACGCACACUGGAGAAAAACCGUUCGCGUGUGAUGUAUGCGAAAAGUCGUUCACUGAAAGCGGCCAUUUGACGAGACACAAGCGGACGCACACUGGGGAAAAACCGUACGCAUGCGAUGUAUGCGAAAAGUCGUUUGCUCAAAGUGACCAUUUGACAAAACAUCGACGCACGCACACUGGAGAAAAACCGUAUGCUUGCGAUGUAUGCAAAAAGUCAUUCACUGAAAGUGGCAGUUUGACAACACAUCGACGCACGCACACUGCAGAAAAAUCGUACGCGUGCGACGUAUGUGACACGUCGUUCUCUGUAAGUGGCGGUUUGACAAGACACAUGUACGCACAUGGCACACCGAUCGGAAUUAUCAAAGAUCUAUGA